GUGAAAUGAAAAUAUUUAAUCCUGAAAAGGAAUUAGAAUUUCUCAACAGCAGACAAAGAUGAUCGAAUCUUGAGUCUAAUGGUCGCGCCUCAUGUUGGUGUUCAUUUCUGCGAGUCUCAGACUCAGAACCUUACCUCGAUCUCUACCCUUUCCUCUUUCGACUGAACUUCCAUCGCUAAACCCGAAACAAAGAUCAGGAUGGUUUUCCGUUUCCACUUCCUCCAAAGCCCCUCCACAGGUGCAGGACCCACAAUACUUCAUUCGCAUUUUCUGCAAUGCGAGGCUUCACCAGAAUCACUACGAGUGCGAGCUUGCAUUGGUUUCCGCACUCAAAUGCUGUUCCUCCUCCGUUCAGGGCCGCCAAUUCCAUUCUCUGGCAUUAAAACUCGGACUCCACUCAAAUACUUUCAUUCAAAACAGUUUGAUCAACAUGUACACAAAACGCGGUUCCAUUAAUGAUGCCCAAAUUCUGUUUGAGUUUUGUCCCACGUUGGAUCCUGUCUCCUGUAACAUUAUGGUUCGUGGGUAUGUCAAAGCUGGUCAAUUGGACAAUGCCCGCAAACUGUUUGACAGAAUGCCUGACAAAGGUUGUGUCUCCUACACUACCAUGAUAAUGGGUCUUGUUCAAAAUGUCUGCUUUCGGGAAGCUCUUGUGGUUUUCAAGGACAUGAGGUCGGAUGGGGUGGUCCCUAAUGAUUUGACCCUGGCGAAUGUAAUAUAUGCUUACUCACAUGUUGGUGAAAUUUUGAAUUGUCAAAUGAUUCAUGCGUUGGCUAUUAAGUUGUUUCUUGAGGGGUUGGUUCUUGUUUCAACGAAUUUGAUGCGUGCGUACUGUCUUUGUUCAGGUGUAGGGGAAGCAAGAAGAUUGUUUGACAAGAUGCCUGAAGUGAAUGUGGUCUCGUGGAAUGUAAUGUUAAACGGGUAUGCAAAGGAAGGCCUUGUUGAGAUGGCCAGGGAAUUGUUUGAGAGAAUUCCUGAUAAGGAUGUGAUUUCUUGGGGCACAAUGAUUGAUGGUUAUAUCCUAAUGAACUGUUUGCAUGAAGCUUUGGUGAUGCAUCGUGCAAUGCUACGAACUGGGCUUGCACCUAAUGAAAUCUUGGUUGUGAAUUUGGUUUCAGCAUGCGGUCGUCUGAAUGCAAUGGGUGAUGGUUUGCAAUUGCAUGGAAUAGUUGUCAAGAAAGGCUUUGACUGUUACAAUUUUAUACAGACAACCAUCAUCCAUUUUUAUGCAGCUUGUGGGAUGAUGGACCUUGCUUGUUUGCAAUUUGAAGUGGGUGUAAAGGAUCACCUAGAAUCGUGGAAUGCUCUUGUUUCUGGAUUCAUAAAAAAUGGAAUGAUGGACCCAGCAAGGAAAAUCUUUGAGGAGAUGCCUGAAAGAGAUGUGUUUUCAUGGAGUUCCAUGAUUUCUGGCUACGCACAAACAGACCAGUCUCGAAUGGCUCUUGAACUCUUUCAUAAAAUGGUAGCAAGUGGGAUCAAACCAAAUGAAGUUACCAUGGUGGGUGUAUUCUCUGCAAUUGCCUCCAUGGGCUCAUUGCAGGCAGGAAGAUGGGCCCACGAAUACAUGUGUAAUGAAUCCAUUCCAUUGAAUGACAAUUUACGUGCAUCUCUAAUUGAUAUGUAUUCUAAAUGUGGAAGCAUCGACAGUGCCUUACAAUUUUUCAAUCAGAACCGAGACAAAACCUUUUCUGUGUGUCCAUGGAACGCAAUUAUAUGUGGGUUAGCUUCACAUGGACAUGCAAGCAUGUGCCUAGAGGUUUUCUCUGGUAUGCAGAGGUAUAAUAUUAAACCCAAUGCAAUUACAUUUAUAGGAGUUCUUAGUGCUUGUUGCCAUGCCGGGCUGGUGGAGCCUGGGCGAAGAAUAUUUAAAAUCAUGAAGAGUGUAUAUAAUGUGGAACCAGAUAUCAAGCAUUAUGGUUGUAUGGUCGAUCUUUUGGGCAGAGCUGGUCUAUUAGAAGAGGCUGAGGAAAUGUUAAGGAGCAUGCCAAUGAAGGCUGACAUUGUGAUAUGGGGGACUUUAUUAGCGGCAUGUAGAACUCAUGGAAAUGUCCAUAUAGGAGAGAGGGCUGCAGAGGGUUUGGCUGGGUUGGCACCAUCUCACGGCGGUGGUAAAGUUCUCCUAUCAAACAUAUAUGCAGAUGCAGGAAGGUGGGAGGAUGUAUCAUUAGUUAGAAGAGUCAUGCAAAGUAGGAGAAUGGAGAGAAUGCCUGGGUGUAGUGGUGUUGUUGGAUAGCUAAAGGAGUUUCAAUUCUCAGAUUUUGCUAAUUUUAAAGAAAAAGAUGUUUGAUCUUUGGAGCGAAACCUUUUUUUUGGAGAAUCAUCUUGCGAUCUGAUUUUGUAUAUUGUUCAUGACAACUCUUUAUUAGUUGUGCUUUAAUAAUUAUUUAUAAUUUAUACGAGCUUCGAAAUAAUAUGUUUGCAUAGCAGACACAAGGGAAUACCUGUACACUUGGCAGAAGUUGUUUGUGUUACAUUGUUGUGCUGAAAUUGAACUUAGGAAGAAUGUGAAUUUGG